CAACAUCCAAACCCCCGUGAACACCCAGUUCUCAGCAGUCUCUAGUUCCUUCACUGAGAGUCUUCCACAAAUUCUUCUUUUGGCCCAAAGCACUUUUCAAGCAUCUCCAGCUUGGACUUCUCCUGUUCUGCUGGCUCCAGACGCUGUUCCCACUGCUCACCUUUCGGGUCCCACCGCUCCCCUUCCAACGUUCCUCCUCUCUUCUGCCAGUUGCCUUUCCCGGGAUAUCUAAAGUGCCCUUCCUCCUGUGGGUUCCUGAGCUUUACCUCCAGAUGAGGCCCCAUGCGCAACAAUCCAUGUCUCCCCUGAAGCGUCACGGGUCAGCCUUCUCUCCGAAGGCUUCGCAUCACCUUUCCUAUCCCUGUUCCGACUGCCUCUCCACGCCCCGUUCUUCCACAUCUGCUCCCCCUCCCUGUGUUCUCCUCUCCUUCACCUUUUAUGCCUCUUCCUAAGGGCCUCACCUCCUCAACCUCUACUUCCCCUGGGUCUUCCACUCCCUCUUGUUGUAUCUCCACCCGACCAACCUUCCUCUCACCUUCCUCCCCCUGACUACAGUGCGUGCCCCUCUUGAUUCUGCUGACAGAAGCAGGCCAGCUGGAUUGUGCCCUGAUCUUGCUUGGCAUCUUCCUACUCAACCUAUGAUAGCUUCUCCCUACAGUUCACUCCUGUUUCCAGUUCUACUUCAGCUACUGCUGAAUGACGGAAGAAAUUCCCUCCCAUCCAUAUCUGUACAUUUUAAAAAGAGGGUGUUUGUACAUGGAAAUACUUGUGGGCACCCUAUUCUUAGUGACUCAUUGUUCAUCCCCAAUUGGCUACCUUUCAGGUGCCUUCUACCUCAUCAAAGCAACUGGGAAGAAUGAUAGGGCAAAGGAAACUGCAAGAUUCCCUCUCUCCUGAUGUCCAGUCAAGAAUUCCAUUCAGGAACUGAAACUGUCACGAAAGAAUUGCUAGAAAGUAGUCUCACAUCUUUUAGGGAAUUAUUUUCUAUGCUGCAGAUAUUUCAUUAUUAUACCACAAAGUCUAAUUAGCUUAGUAAAUACUUGCCUUCAUAACAAUUCUUGGCAGAGUAGCAGACACACUAUAUGAGGCAGAGAUUAGUGAUUGGCUGGUAAGAAUGGCUUCCCAACUGAAGAAGGGUUUGAACCUGGCUCUUCCCAGUCCUAACCUGACACUCAAACCACUACGCCACACUGGCUUUUUCUUAGGGGUGAUGAAAAAUCCUCAGCCUGACCAAGAAGGAAUUGACCUAGAACCAUGAAAUAUAUUUUCUAUUUCACAUAUCCCAAAGUUCGACAUACUUAAAUUCUCAAGUUUCUUUACUCCCCCCCCCUUUUUUUUUUUAAAAAUGUCUGGUUACUGAAAUACUGCUCUAAUUCUGCUAUCACCUCUGAAUUAUUUUUUUUUAAAUCCUUUAAAAACUCUUUUUAAGGUUUGGAAACAGGAUGGUGCAAGCCCUGGUGAGUAGGGUGGAUGAUCUAUGCACCCAAACCUCAAAUUCUUCAAAUACUCUAUUGUUUCACCAACCCUGUGAGCAAGUGCAUUGUCCUGCAAAAAGAGACCACCUUUCUGCAGCUUCCCUCACUGUUUUUCCUUCAGUGCUUCCUUUAAUUGGUACAGCAAGUUAGAGUAGUAUUUUGCAUUAACUGUUUGGCCCUUCAUCAAAAUACCUUCCUUACUUAUCCCCCAAAAAUGUGGCCAUGCCAUGGCCUUUCCUGCUCACCUUUUGGUUCUUCAGCUGUGGAGAACUUGAGUGCCACCACUGCAAGGACUAUUGUGUGGUCUGUGAAUCAUAGUGAUAUAACUGUUCAAUCAACAGUGAUAAGUCACUCCAAAAAUUAUCACUAGAUCACUCAAAAUGCUGCAAAAUUAACGGAGGUAUCCACUCGACUUCAUUUCUGGUCAGCAUUUGAGAAUUUCAGUGCCCAUUUGGCUAGUGGAUUUUGCAUAGCCAACUGCUCAUGAUUUACAAAUUCUGUUUUUUCUGAGAUGUCUCUAUUGUCUCAGCAAUUGUUUUAGCUGAGAUUUGCCAAUCUGCCAAAAUCAGGUCAUGAACAUGUUCAACGAUUUCAGGCAUUGACACAGUUGAAGGCCUCCCAGACCUCGCUGCAUGUUUGGUCUUAAAAUUUCCAUGCUGAAAGUUGGCACGCCGCUUCUUCACAGUUGAGUUUGAUGGGCACAUGUCACUCAAUGUUUGCAUCAUAUACUCAGAGAUUUGCUUUGGAGUUUUCAUCUGCAGGAACAGGUUCUAUCAAUGAAGUGAAAAAAAUCAGAAAUUAGAGGUACAAUCCUGCAAACUGGCAGUUUACAAUACAGCCCCCACCCUCUUUCAAGUUACAUUGACAAAAAUUAUGCUAAACUUUUGGGAAGUGGAUUGGGCUGAGAUCUUUCAACAUCUCCUUAUAUUUAUAUAGAUUUACCCCAGGGUUUGAAAUCUAAGACAUUUUGUGCAGCUGAGUAGUUCUUUCGCUGUUCUCCAGAACUUGUUAUUUUCUUAAUUGGUUUGCUAUUAGGAAACAAUGCCGACUGAGUGGAGGAGGAAUAAAGUACUAUAACUCCCAGAAAAAUUUAAGACAAAAUCAAAAGCAAAGAAUGGAGUUCAGUGAACCAAAACUUCUCUACCAUGGGUAGCUAAUGACCCAGUUAGUAAAUGAAGGUAAAUGAGCCAGAGGAUCAUAUAACCCUCAUCUGUAAAAAAUAACUUUGUAGGUAAAUAGAAGCAUUUCAACUGCUGUGCUCCUGGGUCAAUUACCUGAUCAAAACAGUGCAUUACUUGCUGGUCUCGCUGAAUUCUUAACCAGUUUUAGGCUACAGCAUCUUGGUUUUCUAGCUAAACAUUUUGGCUGGGGCUAGUGGUAUAUUUAAAAACAAAAGCAAAUAUGACAUUCUGGUUAGAAGGUGAUAUUGAGGUGAUAAGGAAGUGGAACUAUGUCCAAGCCAGUUGCUUAAGGAUGUCAAACGUGUUGGAUUUCACAGAGAUUUCCAUGACCCUAUUAACUAGGUGCCUGUCAGCCUGUGCUGUGUUUACUUAAAGGUGCCUUAAUGUGGGAGAACAGCAGGUGGUUAAUCCUUUCCCCCUACACUCUUUAAAGUAGUGAAGUUCUUCUAUUACAGCUCACUUCCUAUCUCUGAAGUGAUUUCCAGCAUGGCUGGUCUGAACGUCUCAAUAGCCUUUUUCUUCUUCACUGUGGGCCUUUGUGAGGUGAUCAGGAAACUCUCCAAGAGAAUUUUUCCACCUAAGGUGUACACUUGUCUUGCAGCUGAAUUGAUCAGUGCAUUCCAGAUGUGUGCUUGCUAUCUCGAAUUGAAAAUGCUGCGGGAGAUUGGCCCAUGGGGUGGCGGCUUUGGUCCAGAUGUCAGUCUGACUCUGCUUUUUCUUCUCUUCUUGAUUCAUGGUGCUUCUUUCAGUGGAGCUUCUGCCAACCCUUCCAUCUCACUCCAAGAAUUUCUGGCUUUGGAUUCUUCUUUUGGGGCUACUGUCACCAAAGUCUUGGCUCAAUUUAUGGGCAUGGAAGCAGCCAGUGCAUUUACCAAGCAAUAUUGGUCAAGGGAACUGACAGACUUCCACAUGAUUCAGAAUUUAAUGGCCCAAGACUGCAGUUCAUCUCUCAACACCUCUGUCUCCCAUGGCAUUUUUGUGGAAGCCAUAUGUUCAUUUUUUUUCCAGCUCACGAUUCUCAGGUUCCAGGCUAGCUCUUCCAUGUACAGAAUCACCAUUGUGGCACUUACUGUUACUGCACUGGCCCAUGCAGCUGCAUCUCUCACAGGGGCAUUUUUCAAUCCUGCAUUGGCCUUUGCUGUGACCUUUUCCUGCUCUGGGAACAGUUUGCUGGAAUAUAUGCAAGUGUAUUGGCUGGCUCCCAUCACAGGGAUGCUGAUAGCAUUCUUCGUGUACCAGGGGAACAUCCCACGAGUCUUCCAGAAAAACCUGCUUUACAGUAUAAAGAACAAAUACAGGAUACCCAAGGGGAAGGUUAAUCCCAAUGCAUCCACCAGUAUCAAAGAGACAUGAGGAAGAACAGAGAGAACAAUCAGCUGCUCAGAGAGAACAGAGUGAAAGAGGUUGGCACGGGUGGGUAUGGGACUGGGAGUCCUUGCAAUCUCUGCUUUUUACAGAAGGAUACUUGGAAGAUCUCUAUGGACUUCUGAGGUCAGUUGCAGAACAUUCUGGUUGGAAAGCGGACAAGGACAACUAUCAUAUAUGGUGCAGUGAUAAGUGUUUCAGACUAGGACUGGGGAGCUCUCAGUUCAAAUUCUCUCUUGGCUAUGAAGCUUAUUGAUUGAUCUUGGGCUAAACCAUAUUCUCAGCAUAACCUACCUCACAGGGUUGUUGUGAGGAUAAAGCAGGUGGAGGGAAUCAUGCAUGCUAUCUUAAGGUCCUUUGAGGAAAAACAAGACAUAAAUUAAAUAAAAAAUCAAUGAAAUGUGUUACUGGA